AACUCAGUGUUUUAGUUUUGGAUCAAAUUUUAAAAGGAUUCAGAAUUUAAAUUCAAAUUGGAAGGUAUGUGUCUAUAAUAGUAAAGAAGAUUUUUUCACAGAAGGGUUAAAAUUUACUGUUGAUUAUCUUUGGACUACUUAUUCCUAAUCACAGUUGAAACAUCUAGUUAUUUGUAAUAGGAAUUACAGGAAAAACUCAAAAUUGAUUAGAAAUUCAAAAUUUUUGAUUAUGUGUGAUAACAACAGUUCAGAGAAAAGUAAAUGUUCAGGAAAAGAAAAGGUUUCUCGCUGUAAACAUGGACAUAGGAAAUCAUCAACUGGAAAUGCUGGUGCAAAUGGAAAAAGAGCUUCCAAGCUAGACUCUACUGAAAGAAAAAGCCAGGAUUCUAAAUCUUCCAUCCCUGCUCCUGUCCAGCCUGAGAAUACAUGCGGCUGUGAAGGUCAAGAUACUCAAAGAAUUGGAUCGUUCAGAAAAGAUUCCGCCAGUACAAAAGAACUGGUCAGUGAGAGAGUUGAAAGUAGUGAGACAACGUUAAAAACUGGCAAUGAGAUCAAUAUAGUGCCAAAUGCAGCUGAAGCAGACAAUAUUGAUAUGCAGAAUUGUGGAGAAGGUCAGAGGAGAUCGUCAUCCUCCCAGAGGAGAAGCUCUACUCAGCUUGAGAAUUUCGAUCAGAAUCAGGCACCACCAAAUCCUGAAAUGCCUUGCUCUUGUAACUCUCAGAAGCGUGAUACGAUCAAGGAUGAUUUUGAAUCUACUUCAAACAAUAAUGCAAAACAGGAUGAUUGCGGUACUGGACAAUCUAUAAAAAGUUUUCCUUCACCACAUAAUUUCAGAAGGAGUUCUACCACAGGCAAAAAAAGCUGUACUUUCAAAUUACCAGGAACCGUUUGUGAAUUGCCUGAUGAAGAUUGUGAUAAUGCUAUACAAGAGUUUGCAAAACUGGGUUUGAUGAAUGCGGAGGAGGAAUGUGAUGAUGAGGAGUAUGAUUAUGCUAAUGGAAAAAGAGGGCAUUACAAGACAACCAAAUAUCGCAAGAACCCUACCACAGUUACGAAUCUCAGAGAAAAGAUCCAACAGUAUGUUAGAAACAGACCAGAUCAGCUGAAACCAGCUCCAGAAAAAUUGACACCUUACAGGGAUCCAGUAUUCACUCAAUGCUUUGAGCCUAUUGAUGAAGAACUUGAGAGACAGUUGAAAGAAGAAAGAGAAGCUGCUAAAAGACUGGCAGAGGAGAAAAAGCUGGAGUCUGAGGUGCAGUGCUACAAGAAGGUGAUCCCGUUCACACUGCCCUGUAAGACCCAGCUGGAGUACCUGGACUGUUUGGGCGCAAGUCCCCUCGCCCGGGUCAAGUACCUCGAGUACUCGAAAUUGAUGAAGGAGGCCGAGUCCUAUAGGAGGCGGAUGCCCUGCGACUGGUCCUGUGAGCAGCAGAGGGAGUACCUCGACUGCAUGGGGGUCAGCAAAGAGGUCAAGGAGGUGUUAGCUUGCACUGAGGAUGAUGACCUGCAAGAGGAAGGGGAAUCGAGGGUCGAAAGGGAAAUCGACGGUCGAUCGGGAAUCGAGAGUCGUCGUGUCCUGAUGGAAAAUGUCCUGCUCCAGGCAGCAUCGAUCGGAUCUCAGCCCAACAAAACGCCUAUGAAGCACCCGCCUCCAUCACCCGCGCCUCUUCCGACACACUGCCGUUCAGUCCCCCUAACUCCUUCCUAUCCCACUCGAUAUCUUCUCAAGGUCAAACCUAUCAAGGUCAAACGUCCGACCUGAGCAACAUGAUUCAAAAGUGCAAGAACGAAUUCCGCGCCUCAGGUCUCAACGUGGACCGUCCGCCUGCCUCUUGCAAAAACGCUGACAAUGCAAGGUCAAGUCGGAGCAAGAGAGAGAGCUCGGCCUACGGAGAGAGAGAGAGUGAUUUCUUCGCCAAAGAGAUGAGUAGUGGAUCGG